CCUUUAGUUUAUUUGCUGCCAAAGAGAAUUGCAGCGUUUUGUCUUCUGCUUUAAUGAUUUCAGUCCCCCGGAAAUUGUAUUACCGCGGCCAGUUUUGGGAAGAUCAGUGUUACACUGUUACUAAUCCCAAACCACGUUUCACGUUAACGCCAAACACAAAGCAGUUGCUUCUACGUUUCAUGUUUGAAAAUAUGAUUUUCGGUUGGCUAAGGGUGUGUUCGUGUAACUCAAAAAUUUUUGAAAAUCGAGACAAAAUUUUCUAUAUAUUUACUUAUCAUAAAAAGUUUUAUUUAUAUUCAAACACCCUCUAAAUACAAUGAUAACGCCAUUAUUAUUAUCCCAAAUGCACAUUUUAAUUGGCAACAUAUCAUCUUUAUCCGCUUUCGAGAGCCAUAUCGCGGCAUUCCGAUGAUUCCGGAGGAGGCCAUAAAGCCAGAAGCGACGAUCCAGAAACCAACUAGGAAUUGAGCAGAAGCUGAGCCGUUAGGAAGCAGAAUGGCUAACGCAGGUAAUUGUUCGUCGUCGUCCAUGAAAGCGACGUCGAAUGGAGUGUUCCAAGGAGAUAAUCCACUUGAUUAUGCUCUGCCUCUUGCCAUCUUACAAAUCUGCCUUGUGGUGAUUGUCACGCGUGUUCUUGCUUUUCUUAUCAAACCCUUGAGGCAGCCUCGUGUCAUUGCCGAGAUUGUUGGUGGAAUACUGCUAGGUCCAUCGGUGCUGGGGCGCAACAAAACCUACCUGAAUAAAAUAUUCCCUGCCAGAAGUCACACAGUGUUGGACACUUUGGCCAAUCUUGGUCUCCUUUUCUUUUUGUUCCUUGUGGGCCUUGAGCUGGACCCGAGGUCCCUUCGCCGGACCGGAAAGAAAGCUCUUCUCAUCGCCCUUGCCGGAAUCAGUCUCCCUUUCGUAAUAGGAAUCGGAACAUCCUUUGUGCUACGUGCAACUAUUUCAGAAGGUGUCAGCAAAGCUCCUUUCCUCGUAUUCAUGGGAGUGGCUCUUUCCAUCACUGCAUUUCCGGUGUUGGCUCGUAUUUUGGCUGAGCUCAAGCUCUUAACCACCGAUCUCGGUCGGAUGGCCAUGUCGGCAGCCGCUGUUAAUGAUGUCGCCGCGUGGAUUCUUCUCGCUCUCGCAGUCGCUCUUUCUGGUUCUGGACAGUCUCCUCUGGUUACACUCUGGGUUUUAUUGUGUGGUUGUGGUUUUAUCUUAGGUUGCAUACUUAUUCUUCCGCGAAUAUUUGGUUGGAUGGCUCGGCGUUGUCCUGAAGGUGAACCGGUCGGCGAAUUGUACAUCUGUGCGACAUUAGUUGUAGUACUGGCGGCUGGUUUUAUUACUGAUCUUAUUGGAAUCCACGCCCUAUUUGGUGCAUUUGUGGUUGGAGUUCUUGUGCCAAAAGAAGGACCCUUUUCUUCAGCUCUUGUUGAGAAAGUGGAGGAUCUAGUAUCUGGUCUCUUACUUCCAUUGUACUUUGUUUCCAGUGGACUAAAGACAAAUGUGGCUACUAUUGAAGGCGCUCAGUCAUGGGGUCUUCUGGUUUUAGUCGUAUUUACGGCUUGUUUUGGAAAGAUGGUUGGCACCAUACUUGUCUCCCUCCUCUGUAAGGUACCUGUACGGGAGGCUGUCGCUCUUGGAUUCCUCAUGAAUACCAAGGGAUUGGUGGAGCUCAUUGUCCUUAAUAUUGGUAGAGACAGACAGGUGUUGAAUGACCAAACAUUUGCUAUCAUGGUGCUGAUGGCUGUCAUCACAACGUUCAUCACAACGCCUGCUGUUAUGUCAGUGUAUAACCCGGCCAAAAGAAGGGUGAAAACUGACUAUAAAUAUAGAACUGUUGCGAGGGAAGAGCCGAGCACUGAGCUUCGGCUUUUGAUAUGUUUCCACAGUGGAAGGAACAUCCCAUCAAUGCUGAAUCUGGUUGAAGCUUCCCGAGGCACUGGAAAGAGAGAAGGGCUUUGCUUGUAUGCAUUGCACCUCAUGGAAUUGACGGAGAGGCCAUCAGCUAUCCUAAUGGUUCACAAGGCCAGAAAGAAUGGGCUUCCUUUUUGGAACAAAGCUCGACGUUCUGAAACCAACCAAAUCGUAGUUGCUUUUGAGGCUUUCGAGCAGCUAAGCCGAGUAUCUGUUCGUCCCAUGACGGCUAUCUCUGCCAUGUCAACCAUUCAUGAGGACAUAUGCGAAUCUGCAGAGAGUAAAAGAGCAGCAAUGAUAAUCAUCCCAUUUCAUAAGCACCAAAGGAUAGAUGGAACCUUGGAAACCACUCGAUCAGAAUUUAGAGCAGUGAAUCGGAGGGUUCUGGCACACGCACCAUGCUCAGUAGGGAUCUUGGUAGACCGUGGACUUGGUGGAAACACUCAUGUACCAGCAAGUAAUGUUUCUUCUGCAAUGACUGUUCUAUUCUUCGGGGGUCCUGAUGAUGAAGAAGCCUUAGCUUAUGGUCUGCGAAUGGCGGAACAUCCUGGUAUUAGUUUAACCGUUGUCUGUUUCCUAGCGGGAAGCUCAGAACAUGUAGCGGCAGGAGGAGAGAUUGUGAGUGUAGAUAUGAACGAGGAGACAUCAUCAACUAAGAAAGAAGGAUUAGGAGACGAGAAAUUCCUCACGAAAGUGAAACAAAAUGUGUCAGAUAACAAUUCAGUGAAGUUUGAAGAGAGGAUGGUGAAAACUUGUGAAGAAGUUGUGGAGGUGGCUAGAGAGUAUAGCAAAUGCAAUUUGGUUUUAGUAGGGAGGAAGCCAGAAGGUGAAGUGGCCAUAGCUUUGAAGAAUAACAAUGGAAGAGGCGAGUGCCCAGAACUGGGGCCAAUAUGUAAUUUACUUACCUCUUCAGAGUUCUCAACCACAGCAUCAGUAUUGGUAGUUCAACAGUACCAAGGCCAGAAAGCUGUGAAUCGUGCACACUCCUCGUUUGCCUCGAGUAGAGUUGCAGCUAUAUUUGCGAAUGAAGAUGAGGACAAGAAUUCUAAGUAAUGUCUUUUCUCUGACUCAAGUUCGAUCUCAAGUUCCUACGUACGUGUAUGUUCUGUUCGUUGGCCUGCAUUUGGAAUAAUUCAGCAGGAGAAAUGGGUUUUGAGAUCCAACCUGUUCCACUUCGUGUGAUGUAAAUAUAAAACUGCAACUGCAGGUCAACGAUGGGGUUAAGCCUUAUCUUUCUAAAGAUCACAAUCCUUGUAAAUUUGUAAUUUUUAUGCUGUUUUUAUAUGCAACUUUUCAUAUUUUUCCAUGUGACUCAUUAAUGGGUAACAUAUGCGCCUUGCUCAUUUUAUCAAA